AUGGAAGCUUGUGUAUGCCUCAUCGAGAAGUUCGAAGCCGAGAAUUACGCACCGUCAGGGACGAGGCAACGUCAGUCGUAUGAAGGUUUGCCGGUGGUCCCUCCGCUAAACGUGAUUGAAAAGAUGACUAUUGGCUAUCAUACGCUCUCUCAAUGCAGCCACCAGCUUAAGGAGUUUAUUACCCAAAAGCUCCUAGUGAUAGCGCGGAAUCCCAGCGACCCCAGGAAUGCUGCGGCCGGUUGGGAGCUUGUAGUCUGCUAUUUUUCCGGCUUCGGCGUGAAGCAGAAUCCUGAGAUGGCAGCGUUCUGGCUCGAAUUUGCGCGAGAGAAUAAUAUUGAAGCUGCGCAGACGUACUAUGAGGCCCUCAGUGGAGCUAUUAGCCAGCGAUAUGAGCGAAACCUUCAAAAGGAAUCACUUGUGGUGAGUAAGCUGGUUCCUGAUAAAGCACUUGUCGUGGAACCUGGUAGCGGACUCUGCCGGGUUGAAACAGUUCUCGAGGAAACCGAAGGCGAAUUCGUCUCUGCUCCUGCCGCGAGUACUACAACGGCUGUUGAUGACUCCACGAGUUACUUUGUGGGAUUUGAUGAAGAAGGGGCGCUGGAUGAUGAUCCGUUCCUUCCCGACAAUCUGAUGCCAGAACCACUCUGCCAGGCAGCGAGGGAUGGCGACCUCAAUGCCCUCAAAAGUCUCAUCAGCGCCGAUUCGGCUGUCGUGAACAGUCAAGACCCAAGUGGGAACACUCCGCUUUUGAUUGCUGCCAUACACAAGCAAUAUGAGGUUAUGGAUUAUCUUCUUAGCGAGACCGAAACUGAUGCUUCAAUCCCUAAUCGCAUGGGCCAAACGGUUCUUCAUCUCAUGGCGACGUUUCCUCCGUCUGAAAUUUGGCGCUUCGCCCCUCGCCUCGCGUCUACGGCAAGCCUGGGCCAGGAGUCCCUGCCUGUUUGGCAAGAAACCAAUCGGACCAUCUUUUCUCUGGGCCUCAGAUGCUGUCCAAUCCUGAACUCGAUCCUUCAUAGAAAUAACGCCUUGCUUGAUGCGCUCCUGAAGAUGGCCCACGCAGAUGAUGCGAUAUCUGUCUGCCGCAUAUGUGAGCUUGGCUCGCGAUUUAGGCGAGUUCUGGCCAUUUCACUCGCUCUAUUCUAUGCCGAUGCGCUGGAAGCCAUAAUGGCACAUCUUCAGAGCCAUAAAGCAGGGUACGAUUUUGAUCUUCGGAACAUCAACGUCUGGACCGGGCAAGAACUCCUUCCUCUCAGCAAGGUCCCCUUUCAUAAUGUCGCCAUUGCCGCCCUCGACCUUCCUGAAAAUUUCUUUCGCGCCAUGGUCUACGGUGACAAAUUUGCGGAUGUGCUUCAACGGACAAUGAGGUUUUUGCUUGCCAUGGACAAUGCCGACCGCGACAGACUCGCGCGCAUGAUGCUGUGCGCUGCAAUAGAAGGUGGUAGUCUUGAUGCUGUCGACUUCCUGCUUCAAGAAAACAAGGAAUCGGCAAAGGAACCACUCUGGUGGCUUCUUCAGCGAUCAUAUAGACCGACUUGGCCUGACAUCUCGUCCCCUACGAUGAAGCUGGCAAUAAGUCUCGGCCAGAGGGAAAUAUUUGAUCGCCUUGUUGAGGAGAAUAGUUCCGUUUGGAAGACAUACGCGUAUAUCAGAUGCAGCCUGCCAGAGUGUUGGAUCGGAGACUCUUUGUGGUCGCGAGCGGUGAUGAGGUUCCUCGGGCCUCACGCGCUGUUUGGAACCCGGCAGCCGCAGCACCAACAUCACUUCAAUCUUGUACGGGCAGCACUUGAACAUGCCGUUUCUGCUCAGCACCAAGACCACUACUUUUGUCUCGUAUCACACAAGUCUCAAACCCUUACCUCAUUAAGCAGGGCACGCCCGGAUUUCUUAUUGCAUCGCUCUCUAAUUCAUAUUUCCGGGCCACUGAUGUCCUGA